AGACGACCGGCGUGGGACGGCCACCUGGAGCGCAGCGGCCAGGUCUGAACAGUCAUGGCGCUUAUUUCAGUUAUGAGUUGCUCAGUGGACUGUGGAUUGACUGAAUUGUACCCAUUCCCAUCAUGAUGUACACCACCAAGACUCCUCACUACACCUGUUUUCUGAUUAGAGACGAAAUAAAUGACAUUCAGAACUUCCACUAAGGUACUGUAAGCUUUUGUGGUGACAUGGCAUCUGGUUUUUUUCUACAAAGAAAGUUCAGCACACAGCACAGUCCUUGAUACAUUGGAUUGGUUUGAUGAUCCUACCUGGAACAGACUAUGUCAGAGAGUCACCAUGACCUUGCACAAUAACAAUACAACCUCACCUUUGUUUCCGAACAUCAGCUCUUCCUGGAUUCACGGCCCUUCCGAUGCAGGGCUGCCCCCAGGAACGGUUACUCAUUUUGGCAGCUACAACAUUUCUCGGGCAGCUGGGAAUUUCUCCUCUCCAAAUGGCACCACCAGUGACCCUCUGGGAGGUCAUACCAUCUGGCAAGUGGUCUUCAUUGCAUUCUUAACGGGCGUCCUGGCCUUGGUGACCAUCAUCGGCAACAUCCUGGUGAUAGUGGCAUUCAAGGUCAACAAGCAACUGAAGACCGUCAACAACUACUUCCUCUUAAGUCUGGCCUGUGCUGACCUGAUUAUUGGGGUCAUUUCAAUGAAUCUGUUUACUACCUACAUCAUCAUGAACCGAUGGGCUUUAGGGAACUUGGCCUGUGACCUCUGGCUUUCCAUUGACUACGUGGCUAGCAAUGCCUCCGUCAUGAAUCUUCUGGUCAUUAGCUUUGACAGGUACUUUUCCAUCACGAGGCCGCUCACGUACCGAGCCAAACGAACAACAAAGCGAGCUGGUGUGAUGAUAGGUCUGGCUUGGGUCAUCUCCUUCAUCCUUUGGGCUCCUGCCAUCUUGUUCUGGCAAUACUUUGUCGGGAAGAGAACUGUGCCUCCAGGGGAGUGUUUCAUCCAGUUCCUCAGUGAGCCCACCAUCACCUUCGGCACGGCAAUCGCUGCCUUUUAUAUGCCUGUCACCAUUAUGACUAUUUUAUACUGGAGGAUCUAUAAGGAAACUGAAAAACGUACCAAAGAGCUUGCUGGGCUGCAGGCUUCUGGGACAGAGGCAGAGGCAGAGAACUUUGUCCAUCCCACAGGUAGUUCUCGAAGCUGCAGCAGCUAUGAGCUUCAACAGCAAAGCAUGAAACGCUCAGCCAGGAGGAAGUACGGACGCUGCCACUUCUGGUUCACAACCAAGAGCUGGAAGCCCAGCACCGAACAGAUGGACCAAGACCACAGCAGCAGUGACAGCUGGAAUAACAACGACGCUGCCGCCUCCCUGGAAAAUUCCGCUUCCUCCGAUGAGGAGGACAUUGGCUCGGAGACAAGAGCCAUCUACUCCAUCGUGCUCAAGCUUCCAGGUCACAGCACGAUCCUCAGCUCCACCAAAUUACCCUCGUCAGACAACCUGCAGGUGCCGGAGGAGGAGCUGGGGGCAGUGGACUUAGAGACGAAAGCCAGCAAACUGCAGGCCCAAAAGAGCAUGGACGACGGAGGCAGUUUUCAGAAAAGCUUCUCCAAGCUUCCCAUCCAGUUAGAGUCAGCUGUGGACACAGCCAAGGCCUCUGAUGUCAACUCCUCAGUGGGCAAGACCACGGCCACCCUGCCUCUGUCCUUUAAGGAAGCUACUCUGGCCAAGAGGUUUGCUCUGAAGACCAGAAGCCAGAUCACUAAGCGGAAACGGAUGUCCCUCAUCAAGGAGAAAAAGGCGGCCCAGACCCUCAGCGCCAUCUUGCUUGCCUUCAUCAUCACCUGGACCCCCUACAAUAUUAUGGUUCUGGUGAAUACCUUUUGUGACAGCUGCAUCCCCAAAACCUAUUGGAAUCUGGGCUAUUGGCUAUGCUACAUCAACAGCACCGUGAACCCCGUGUGCUAUGCCCUGUGCAACAAAACAUUCAGAACCACUUUCAAGAUGCUGCUGUUGUGCCAGUGUGACAAAAGGAAGAGGCGCAAGCAGCAGUACCAGCAAAGACAGUCGGUCAUUUUCCACAAGCGGGUGCCCGAGCAGGCCUUGUAGAAUGAGGUGUGUUGUCAAUAGCAGUCACCAAACGCACACAUCAACCCACAGACCUUAGGAGGGAGUGAGGCGAGGGUGGGGGUGAUUUCUGGCGCUGAUAAAAAAAUGUCUUUAUCACCCAGAUGUGAAAGAAGCUGCCUGUUUACCGAUCCAUUGAAUAAACCCAUUUUAAUAUCAAAAGUCAAAUACCAAUUCAGCCAAAAAUAA